GAGGGUAGGCUUGGAGAGGAGGUCCCUCACUUCUUUUGAUGACCCUGAACAAUGUAUCUGUAUGUCUUGCCUCAGUGAUUCCAGAUGAACAUUCUUAAGGUGUUCAUGGGAUCACCACUUGGACAGUACUCUCUCUUCAAUCACAUAGCUUCUGGGAAACACCACAUCUUCGUUUGGCACAGAAAGUGAGAAGAUUCUGUUGGCAACUGGUUACACAGGGUAAUCUCCACAGGCAGAUGAGUUUCUGAAACCGGGUGGACGUUGACAUUGUAUCCUGAGUAGAGGCAGCCCUUUGGGAUUUGAGGAUCUGAGGAUCUGAAGAGCCCUUUGUUGGUAUUCAUGCCCUUCUUCCAGCGGGAGCUCAGUUCUGAGUUAUUGAAGACUGCAUUGAGAACACAUUGUUUCUGGUAAAUUGGAAGAGUCAAGAAAAUAUGGGAAACACCCCAGGUCCAAGGAAGGGUGUAACCCUGGACACUGGAAGGUGGAGUAUAGGGUGAUCAAAAGCCAGCUUGAGGGAUGUGAGGGGCAGACCACGGAUGGAAGUGAGCCUCAGGCUGGCUGGUGGUGACGGGGCUGAGAGGCUGUGGAGACAGCCAGCUGAAGAUGAAUGCCAGAGGACUUGGAUUUCAGCUAAAGGACACUAUUCCAGUUACUGAACUUUCAGCAAGUGGCCCUUUUGGAAGUCAAGAUCUUCUUCAGAGAGGAUUUCCUUGUGUAAAAAAUGAACUUUUGCCCAGUCAUCCUCUUGAAUUGUCAGAAAAGAAUUUCCAGCUCAACCAAGAUAAAAUGAAUAUUUCCACACUGAGAAACAUCCAUGGUCUGUUUGCUCCACUAAAAUUACAGAUGGAAUUCAAGGCCGUGCAGCAGGCUCAGUGGCUUCCAUUUCUUCCAAGCUCAGACUUUUCACUGGGUAUUUUGAUGGAUAAUGAUGAGACUAUUGGAUCCAUCACAAAGUGAAGUAACGAGAGGACCACACUUGAUGGUUGAACAUAAACUUGGUUUACUAUAACACAGUUGUGCUGUUAAUGAAAAUAGGAACUGCAUCUUGUUUAUAGCUGUCUUUCUACUAUAAUUUGAUGUACACAACAUUAAAGUACGGACACAUGAGAAUUUUUGCCUAAAUACUAUCAGUGAUCAUUUGAAAUUAUUUGGUUCUUUGGUUCAUGGCCAUGUGACAAUUGAAAACACUAAAGGAAAAUGAUUUUAAAGUGAGCUUUAUAUUAAA